AAUGCUGGUGGUGAUGCUGGAUCACGUAGCUUGGCGACUUUUCAGAGAGAGAAUCCGCCGGUGUUUAAAGGGAAGCAUGAUCCAGAUGCAGCCUUGGGAUGGUUGAAAGAGAUUGAGAGAAUCUUCCGUGUUAUGGAUUGCACUCCAGCUCAGAAGGUUCGGUAUGGUACUCACAUGCUAGCAGUCGAAGCUGAUGACUGGUGGCUAGAGACUCACGAGCGGUUGACCGUGGCAGGUGAAGUCAUUACUUGGGAUGUAUUCCGUAGGGAAUUCAUGAGAAAGUAUUAUCCGGAAGAUGUCCGUGGUAAGAAGGAAAUUGAGUUCCUUGAGCUGAAGCAAGGAAACAUGUCUGUCACUGAUUAUGCUGCGAGAUUUGUGGAGUUGUCCAAAUUUUAUCCUCAUUACACUGGUGCUGGUGCUGAAUUUUCAAAGUGCAUCAAGUUUGAAAAUGGACUGCGCUCUGAAAUUAAGAAAGCUGUUGGGUAUCAGAAGAUACGCAUUUUUACUGAAUUGGUUGAUAGCUGCAGGAUAUUUGAAGAAGACAAUAAUGCUCAUUACAAGAUUGUCAGUGACCGCAGGGGCAAGCAACAUCAAAAUCGUGGCAAGCCGUAUGAUGCCCCAGUGGGAAAAGGGAAACAAGGAGCUGCUCCGGUUCAGAGGACUAGUAGGGGAGGUGCUCCUGCUGGUAUAGUUUGCUUCAAAUGUGGUCAGGCUGGUCAUAAGAGUAAUGUAUGCACUGCUGAAGUAAAGAGAUGUUUUCGUUGUGGUAAGACUGGUCAUGCAAUGGCUGAUUGCAAGCACAAGGAAAUGAUUUGUUUUAAUUGUGGCGAAGAAGGGCAUAUUGGAAGUCAGUGUCAGAAGCCAAAGAAAUCUCGUACAUGUUUCAUAUAUGGUACUCCUUUAAUUACUAUUAUUGAUACCGGUGCUACCCACUGUUUUAUUUCUGCUAACUGUGCUCGAAGAUUGGGUUUAAAAUUGUCCGCUUUGGAUGGUGAAUUGAUUGUUGAGACCCCAGCUAAGGGAUCAGUAACUACUUCUUUGGUAUGUUUAAAAUGUCCUUUGUCGAUCUUCGAUAGAGAUUUCUAUGUUGAUUUAGUAUGUUUGCAGUUGGAUGGGAUGGAUGUAAUUCUUGGUAUGAACUGGUUAGAGUAUAAUUAUGUUCAUAUAAAUUGUCAUCAUAAGUCGGUGAGGUUUUCCACUCCUGAAGAGGAAGGAGUUGACUUAUUACCUUUCAGAGAAUUGCGAAAAUUGAUGAAAGAGGGAGCUCAGAUGUUUUCUUUGAUGGCGACGUUGUCGGUUGAAAGUAAAGCUAAGAUAGAGGAACUGUUAGUGGUGAAAGAAUUCCCUGAAGUUUUUCCUGAUGAAAUUCCUAGUGUGCCGCCAGAGAGGGAAGUUGAAUUUACUAUUGAUCUGGUACCUGGUACUAGGCCUGUUUCGAUGAAGAAAGAGGGUAGUAUGAGGCUUUGUAUUGAUUAUAGACAAUUGAAUAAAGUAACGAUCAAGAAUAAGUAUCCACUACCGAGGAUAGAUGAUUUGAUGGACCAAUUAGUGGGUGCUUGUGUGUUCAGUAAAAUUGAUUUGAGAUCGGGCUAUCAUCAGAUCAGAGUGAAAGAUGAAGACAUCCAGAAGACAGCGUUCAGAACUCGGUAUGGACAUUAUGAGUAUUCUGUGAUGCCUUUCGGUGUGACUAAUGCGCCGGGAGUAUUUAUGGAAUACAUGAAUCGUAUUUUCCAUACUUAUCUGGAUCAUUUUGUGGUAGUAUUUAUUGAUGAUAUUUUGAUUUACUCUAAGUCCGAAGGAGAGCACCAGGAACAUUUGAGAUUAGUAUUGGAGGUUUUGAAAGAUAAGAAAUUGUAUGCGAAGUUGUCCAAGUGUGAGUUU